AUGCCGCUUUACUUCUCUUUGGGCAGUGUCACGUUCAAAACGGUGCCGACGGACUCGACGGGCGUGGCCCACAUUUUGGAGCACACGACACUCUGUGGCUCGGAGAAGUAUCCCGUGCGGGAUCCCUUCUUCAACAUGCUCAAGCGUAGCUUGAACACCUACAUGAACGCUUACACGGCGCCGGAUCACACGUCGUAUCCCUUCUCGACACAAAACGUGAAGGACUACUACAACCUCUUGUCCGUGUACCUCGAUGCCACGUUCUUCCCCAAGCUGGAGCCUUUCGAUUUCAUGCAGGAGGGCCACAGGCUCGAAUUCGAGAAGAUCGACGAUCCUUCGUCGGCGCUCAAGUUCAAGGGUGUGGUGUACAACGAGAUGAAGGGCGCCAUGUCCGAGGGAGACUCGAUCUUUUACCAGGCGCUGCAUUCGAACCUCUUUUCGAAGACCACCUACAAGAACAACUCUGGCGGCGAGCCCAAGGCCAUACCGGACCUGACCUACGACCAGCUGAUCGAGUUCCAUCGAAGCCACUACCACCCGUCCAACGCCUGGUUCUACACGUAUGGCGAUCUCUCGUUGGAGCACCGUUUGCAGCAAAUCAACGAGAAUGUGUUGUCGCGCUUCUCUCAAAUCGACCCGGGCACGGAUCUUCCCGACGAAGUCCGCUUGACGCAGCCCAAGCGGGUGGAGGCUGUGUAUCCGCCUGUCGCUGGAUCGGACCCGAAGCGACAGGAGAAGUUCACGGUGGCCUGGCUCACCAACAAGACCACGGAUCCGUUCGAGAACAUGAGCAUGAACCUGCUCUCCCGCCUGCUGCUGAAUGGACCCAACGCUCCGAUGUACAAAGUGUUGAUCGACACCAACAUUGGUCUCGACUACGCACCGUCAACCGGCUACGACUCUGGCGCUAGAGAGGCGCCGUUUGCCAUCGGGUUGAGCGGGAUGAAUGAAAAGGACGUGCCCAAGGUGGAAGAGGGCAUUAUGUCCACGCUCAAGCAAGUGGCCGCUGAGGGGUUCCCCGAGGAGCGCAUUCAGUCCGUACUUCAUCAGAUCGAGCUGUCCCAGAAGCACGUGACCACUGACUUUGGCAUGAGCGUCGGGCACGCGAUCAACUACACGUGGAUUCACGGCGCUGAUCCGGCCGAAGUCCUUUCCGUCAACAAGAAAAUCGAGCGUCUGAAGCAGGAGCUGGAGGCUGGCCCCUACUUCCAACACAAGGUGAAACAAUAUUUCCUGGACAAUCCCCACAUGGUCUCCCUCCUGAUGAAGCCCGACGAGAAGUAUCUGGAGAAGCUGGACAAGGAGGAGCAGGCCAGGCUGGAGAAGAUCCGGGCCUCCCUGUCCCAGGCGGAGAUCGACGACAUCAUCGCGAAGGCCAAGUUCCUGAAAGAGCGGCAAGAGCAGCAGCAGAAUGUGUCGAUUCUGCCUACGCUUCACGUUUCGGAUGUGCCCAGGGAAGCGCCCAACAAGGACACCCGGUUCGAACGAAAGACGAUUCCUCUGGCGCACUCGGCCCACCAGCCGACGAACGGGCUGACCUACUUCCGGGGCAUGGCCUCGCUCAACUCACUCCCGAGCGAUCUGGUGCCCUACGUGCCCCUCUUCUGCAGCGCCAUGGCCAGCAUGGGCGCCGGCAGCAUGGACUACCGUCAGCUCGCGCAGAAGAUCGAGUCGCACACGGGCGGCAUCGAGUUCUCGCCCGUCUGCUCGACCCACCAUUCCGACCUUUCGAAGUUCCGGGCGGGCAUCUACGUGUCGUCGUUCUGCCUGGACAGGAACCUGGACCACAUGUUCGAGGACGUGGAGCGGCUCAAGUCGAUCAUCUACGGCAACACGUCCGACAUGCAGGAGUCGCUCGUCGAGUCCGGCCACUCCUACGCCCGCAGCCUCGCCGCCUCCGUCUUCUCGCGAGCAAGCGCCCUACACGAAACGUGGUCGGGCAUCUCCCAGGUCACGCUAAUGCAGCAGCUGGCCCAGAGCGAGGACGUCUCGACCGUCAUCCCGCACCUCAAGGCCAUCGCUGAACACGUGCUCGACGCGUCGCUCAUGCGGUGCAGCAUCGUGGGCGAGGAGGGGUCGCUCCCCCAGGCCGAGCAGAAGCUCACCCAUCUCCUCGGUGGCCUCAAGUCUUCGUCGUCCGCCCAACCGACCGCCGCCGCUGACUACCGGGAGUCGGAGUACGCGCCUCUGUCGCGCCCGCACCGCUUGUUCGUGCCCAUCCCGGCCCAGGUCAACUUCGUGUCGCAGAUCCUGCCGACCGUGCCCUUCACUCACCCCGACUUCCCCAAGCUCAAGGCCCUGUCGAGCCUGGUGUCGUCGUCGUAUCUGCACCCGGAGAUCAGGGAGAAGGGCGGUGCCUACGGCAGCGGAGCGAUGAGCGGCGAAGGCCUCUGGUCGUUCUAUUCCUUCCGUGACCCCAACACCACCAAAACGUUGGACGUGUUUUCGUCGUUGCGGGAAUGGAUGAAGAAGGACGGCGCCUUUCAGGACAAGGACAUCGACGAGGCCAAGCUCCGGCUGUUCUCCUCCAUCGACCACCCCGUCGCCCCGUCCCGACAAGGAGCGCUGGAGUUCACGAGCGGGAUCACGUGGGAGAUGAGGCAGAAGAACAGGGAGGGUAUCCUUGACGCCACCCGGAAGGACCUCAUCGAGAUGGCUGAGAAGUACCUCGUGCCCGCCACCUCGUCCACGUCGCAGGAUGGUGGCCGGUACCCUUCGAUCGCAAUUCUGGGCAACACCGCCCACAACCCCUUCACCGCCGAGGAGACCCUCAACCUGGGGCUCAACAACAGCAACGCGGGCAUCAUCGAAGAGGGCGACGAGGGGAGCGACGAUGACGACAGCGAUAACGACGAGGAACACGGCCAACGCGCAUGA